UCGCGCCGAGGGACAGGCCGUGCUGACGCGCUCCGUUUUCUGCGAGGGAAAGGCUGGGUUUGAGACAAAAGGGGGGAGGCGGGCAGGGAACAUCCGGGUCAUUCGCCGCCGCCGCCGCCGCCGCCUGAAUCCGGGACACGCGCGGGGGUUGCUGCUGCCGCCGCCGCCGCCUCCGCCGGGGCGCUUCACGAGUCCGUCGAUCAUGUCUGGCAUCGCGCUCAGCCGCCUGGCGCAGGAGAGGAAGGCCUGGAGGAAGGACCACCCGUUCGGCUUCGUGGCGGUGCCCACCAAGAACCCCGACGGCACCAUGAACCUCAUGAACUGGGAGUGCGCGAUUCCGGGCAAGAAAGGGACCCCGUGGGAAGGAGGCUUGUUUAAGUUACGGAUGCUUUUUAAGGACGAUUAUCCCUCCUCGCCUCCGAAAUGCAAAUUUGAGCCACCCUUAUUCCAUCCAAAUGUCUAUCCUUCAGGCACAGUCUGUCUGUCUAUCUUAGAAGAGGAUAAGGAUUGGAGGCCUGCAAUCACAAUUAAACAAAUCUUGUUAGGAAUUCAAGAACUCCUAAAUGAACCAAAUAUCCAGGACCCAGCUCAAGCAGAGGCUUACACAAUCUACUGCCAAAACAGAGUGGAAUAUGAAAAGAGGGUUCGAGCACAAGCCAAGAAGUUUGCACCAUCAUAAGCUCCUGUCAUCCACAUCUUUAAAGGAAGGGAUUAAUUGGCAAGAACUUGUUUACAAAACUUUUGCAAAUCUAAUGUCGCUAUGUACAAUUAAUAGUCAUUUAGGGGAAGGGAUUAUAUGUGUGCCAUUUUCCAUAUUCACCACUUGUAUACAGUUCUAAACUUGCUGAAUUGUCCCCAGUUUUUCAUACAGGGUCUCUUCCUUCAGUCUUUUGUAUUUUUGAUUGUUAUGUAAAACUUGCUUUUAUUUUAAUAUUGAUGUCAGUAUUUCAACUGCUGUAAACUAUAAACUUUUAUACUUCUAUAAA